UUGAGCCAAAAUGUCUGCCGUUUCACUAUAGUUGCCGACUCUCAUUUUCCCUCCUCGUCUCGGCUACAAACGAUGGCGUCUGCCAGCACGGGGAGCAGGGUCUCCUGCGGGAGAGAUAUAAGCUGUGUUCCCGAGGUGGCGGACACCCUCGCCGCGGUCGCCAAACACGGUUUUGACUUCCUGUGCAUGCCCCUGUUUCAUCCACGGUUCCGGAGAGAGUUUGAACUGGAUCCUGCUAAGGCCAGACCAGGAGCUCAAACGCGCUCUGACCUGCUGCUCUGUGGUAGAGACUGGAACACUCUGAUUGUGGGAAAGCUUUCUCCAUGGAUAGAGACGGACUCCGAGCUGACCACUGAGCGCAGGAAUUCAGAGGCAGCACUGGUACAGGAGCUGAAUUUCUGUGCCUAUCUGGGGCUUCCAGCCUUCAUGAUCCCCCUGAAGGGUCCACAGUGUGCCAACCUGGCCCGAGUUCUGCUCAACCACAUCCAUACAGGACACCACUCUUCCAUGUUCUGGAUCCGAGUUCCCCUGCUGGCGCCCGAGGACACUCGUGAAGACCUCAUUGAGAAUGAGCCCUCGAAUCAAAUUGAUGAUAGCAACAAUGAAGAGAAGACCUGGGGCUGGUGGCAUUCAUUCAGAACUCUCUGUGACUACAACAAAAGGAUUUGCCUAGCUAUCGAGAUUGGUGCAGACAUUCCUUCCGACACAGUGAUUGAUAAGUGGCUUGGGGAACCAAUCAAAGCUGCCAUUCUUCCUACCAGCAUUUUUCUGACCAACAAGAAGGGAUUUCCAGUCCUCUCAAAAGCCCAUCAGAGAAUCAUAUUCCGCCUCUUCAAGCUGGAGGCUCAGUUUAUAUUCACCGGGACGAAUCGCCACAGCGAGAAAGACUUCCGCUCCUACCUGCAGUACCUGGAGUACCUCAACCAGAACCGUCCAGCACCCAACGCUUAUGAGCUGUUUGCCAAGGGCUAUGAAGACUACCUACAGUCACCAUUACAGCCUCUAAUGGACAAUUUAGAGUCCCAGACGUAUGAGGUUUUUGAAAAAGACCCCAUUAAGUAUUCACAAUACCAGCAGGCGGUGUAUAAAUGCCUGCUAGACAGAGUUCCAGAGGAGCAAAAAGAAACUAAUGUACAGGUGCUGAUGGUGCUAGGUGCUGGACGCGGUCCUCUGGUCAAUUCAUCACUGCGUGCCGCCAAACAGGCGGACAGGAAAUUGCGCGUGUACGCUGUAGAGAAAAAUCCCAAUGCUGUUAUCACCCUGGAGAACUGGAAAUUUGAGGAAUGGGGAGAUCAGGUGACUGUUGUGUCAUGUGACAUGCGGGAUUGGGCGGCUCCAGAGAAAGCCGACAUCAUUGUCAGCGAGCUUUUAGGGUCAUUUGGAGACAACGAGCUUUCACCUGAAUGCCUUGAUGGAGCACAGCACUUUCUCAAAGAUGAUGGAGUGAGUAUUCCCUGCUCCUACACCUCUUUUUUGGCACCCUUGUCCUCAUCUAAACUGUAUAAUGAAGUGCGAAGCUGUCGGGAGCGGGACAAGGAUCCGGAGUGUCACUUUGAGACACCGUAUGUUGUGAGACUGCACAACUUCCACCAGCUUGCUGACCCCAAACCCUGCUUUACCUUUGUGCACCCCACUUCAGAUAUGAACAAUAACAGAUAUCAAUGUCUGCGCUUCACUGUUGGCUGUAACUCGGUGCUUCAUGGUUUCGCUGGGUAUUUCGAGACCACGCUGUACAAAGACGUCAUGCUUAGUAUUAGGCCGGAGACGCACUCCCCAGGAAUGUUUUCCUGGUUCCCCAUCCUCUUCCCUCUGAAACAGCCCAUCCCUCUGUCUGGAAGUGAUGAUGUGAGCGUGAGGUUCUGGAGGUGUAACAAUGGGAAGAAGGUGUGGUACGAGUGGGCCGUCACCGAGCCCGUCUGCUCUGCCAUCCACAACCCUGCAGGACGGUCCUACACUAUUGGCUUAUAGGGAAACAGUUACUUUUUUUUUUUUUUUUUUUUUUUUUUUUUUAAGUUUAGUGAAGGUUGUUUGUUUGUUGUUGUUGUUUUACAUUGUCCUGAUUUUCAGUGAAGGAGAGAAGCCUGAACAUCCAUACUGACAUGUACAGUGUAGUGCUUAGAUUAAUAUCUUUCUGGACACUCCUACUGGGUUCACAAGUUUGAAUCAGUUUUCAUACAUGUUUGUUUUUUUUAUACUUGUUUACAAACAGGAAGUUCAGUCUACCAUCUAGAACAUAGCCAAGUUCAUCAACUUUUUUGUUUAUUAAAAAAACAAAAGUAAAAAAAUAAUCUUUUUAUUGGGUUUAUAACAAGAGAAAUCACACACAACAACAGAUAAAAAAAACAAAAGACCAUUGUUGAGAGGAAAAAA